AUGGAAGGCGUAAGAGCUCAAGAAUUAGAGAUUAUUCAUUUAGGUCUUCAUCAACUUAUGGAAUCAACAAUCCAUGGAAAAUUUAGACAUCAGAUCUUCCAAAUAGGUGAAGAGAUAACGAAAUGGUAUCCACCACCAAAGGGCUACUUUCGUCUAGAUACAGAUGGUUCUAUGAAUCCUCAAAGGCAUGCCUCCUGUGGCGGAUUAAUCAGGAAUCCAAAAGGAGAUUGGGUCUUAGGAUUUCAAAGAAAGCUUGGAUGUAUACCACCAACGUGUGCAGAGCUUUUAGGAGUGGUAAAAGGACUCCGCAUUUGUAAACAACAAGGUUUCAACAAAAUCUUGGUAUAUACUGAUUCUCUUGAAGUGAUUCAUUUGCUGAUGGCGGAUUGUGGAACAGACCAUCCGUUUAAACUUGAAAUUGGAGAAGGCAGGAGGUUAAUCUACUCUGAUUGGGAUAUUGAGGUUUGA